CGUGAGGCCAGACUCACUGUCGACAGGCAGAGGAGGGGGCUCAGGACGGCGAUCGACCCACUUCGAUGAUGGCCUCGACGCUGGCAAACUGGCGCAACACGAAGAAGGGCCACACGAACUGCAUCGCCUUCUGUUGUUUCAGCUGCGGCAGCAGGUCGCCGUAGUCGCCGGCUGCCCCCGCAAACGCCCACCGGCCCACCGGCACCGAACUGAACACGACAAAAGGCAUACAUCAGCGCCGCAUCUGUGGACUUGCUGACAAUGUGCGCACCUCUGCUGCACAAUGGUGACGGCGUGUUGGUAAUCGUGCUCGCACACCCUGCAGAAGACAAGGAAAAGCCGUCGAUCCGCUGUGACUCACGAUGAUCGACUGCCCCUCCCUCCAAUUAUAUACGCUGCGUCGACGCUGCGUCGACGCUGCGUCGAAACGCAGGUAGUCUCUGACCAUGGGAAGGAGGCUUCCCGUCUCGCCUUGGUCGUAGUAGUACGGGUGACAAUCUGACAAUCUGAACAAACACAGUGGACACACGUGAAGGGCAUGCUGAUCCAUGGAUGGUGAGACGAGUUGUGAGAUGGUGCCGCCCUUCACCUUGAUUACCUUGCUGAAAUGAGAGGAAUAGUAACUCCAUUCUUGCACAGAUA